AUGUUGGAGAGAGAUACAAAACCAGAACCAGUAGCUUAUAGCGAGGCUGCACUUAGAAACAACGCUGCUGUUGUGGAAUACUGUAGAACGUCUAUGGCUGCGCUCUCGGGCUCCACCGCAGGUAUACUUGGAUUAACAGGAUUGCAUGGCUUUGCCUUCUAUGUAUUCGCUGUAUUCAUUCUAUGGUUCAUGUUUAUGAUAAAAGCUGGACCUAAUUGGCAUAAAUAUUUUGUUUCAAGACAGAGCUUGUUAACCAACGGGUUCUUUGGAGCUCUUUUCACUUAUGUGUUAUUUUGGACUUUUAUAUAUGGAAUGGUUCAUGUGUAU